AUGGCGACGGAUUUCAAAAUUGGCGAUCUGGUGUGGGCAAAGAUGAAGGGGUUCCAGGCAUGGCCAGGAAAGAUUGUGGAGGUCAGAGACAACAUCAAGAAGCCAGGUGGGAAGAAAAACUUCCAGUUUGUUUAUUUCUAUGGAUCUGAGAACUAUGCUUGGAUCCCAGAGGAUAGUAUCUACCGUUAUGUGGAGUUCAAGAGCAAGUAUGAAGCAAGUACCCGCAUGCCUAAAGGUUUUAAAGAGGCUUUGGAGGCCAUUGAGAAUGAACAUCAGGCAAUUGUGGCAUCUGGGACUCUUGAGGAUCUGCCGUCAAUUGACGAGGAGGUGGCUCUUAUGCAGCAGAAAACACUCAGUACUGACUCUGAGGCUUCACCUAGCACUGCUGUUAAAAAGGUGACCAAGCCGCCUAAAGUGAAGAAGGAAGGGAGAGAAUCACAAACCAGAAAGAGCAAACUGAAAUCACCGGUGCGUAAAGGAGGCCUAAGUGGGGCAGUUAAGCGGUCAUCCAGCUCUAAUACUUCAGGAACUCCAUCACCACCGAAAAAGUUCUUUGUAUCAAAAGGCAGCAAGGCAGCGAAUCAUGAAGGGACCCCUAAGACAGAGUCCUCUGGAGAAUCCAUCCACUCCCCACACACACUCAGUGGAGCUGAGACGUCCUUAGCAGCAAAGUUAGAUGAAUAUGAUCAGUUGGAUGCUGAAGAAAAGCCUUCAGGAACAACAGUCAUUCCUACGCCACUUCGCAUUGGUUUUCUGGGUCUAGGGAUCAUGGGUCAGGGCAUGGUGAUGAACCUACUGAGGUCCGGCCAUGAGGUGACUGUGUGGAACAGAACUGCCACCAAGUGUCGGGAGUUUGUGAAGGCCGGAGCACUCAAGGGAAACAACCCGGCUGACGUGGUCCAGUCCUGUGACAUCACCUUCACUUGUGUGGCUGAUUCCACCGCUGUCCGCGAUAUCAUGUUUGGCAACAUGGGAGUCCUUGAUGGAAUCUCCAAAGGGAAGUGUUAUGUUGAAAUGUCCACUGUGGAUGAGGAAACGGUUCAGGAUGUAGCAGAUGCUAUCAUGGCCAGAGGUGGUGCCUUCCUGGAGGCCCCAGUCUGUGGGAGCCGAGUACCUGCUCUAGAAGGGCAGCUGCUGAUCUUGUGUUCCGGAGACAGGAAGCUGUUCGAUGAUUGUUACUCGUGUUUUGAGGCCAUGGGCAAGAAGUCAUUUUAUCUGGGAAAUGAAGUGGGCAUCGCCACACGUUUGAAGCUCAUCCACAACAUGAUCCUGGGCAACAUCGUGGCCAGCUUGGCUGAAGCCAUGGCCCUGGCAGAGAAGGUGGGGAUAGAUCUGGAAGAUUUUUCAGAGGUUCUUUCCCUUGGUUCUAUGGCUUGUCAUGCAGUGAAACACAAAAGUCAAGCCAUUGUUGGUGGUCGGUAUGAGCCUCACUUCCCCCUGCAGCACCAGCAGAAGGACCUGCGGCUCGUGUUAGGCCUGGGAGACAGCGUAGAACAGCCCUUGUACUUGGCAGCUGCUGCUAAUGAGCUGUUCAAGAAAGCCCGGAGGAUGGGCUUCGGGGAAGGAGAUGUGGCUGCAGUUUUUAAAGCUGCAA